AACGUCUGUCUUCUAGAGUUUUGUCGAUCAUUGUAACAUUUCAGAUAGUCAUUUACACUGUUAAAAAUAUUAAUUACUAGUAAUCUUAAUAAUAUCAUAAUAUAAAUACAUAUUCUAAAAAAUAGAUAAGAAAUGACCACUUUGGAGGAUAAAUCAAUAUGGGAAGAUCGCGAGGAAACUCUUGGAGAUGAAGUUUUAAGAAUGUCAACUGAAGAAAUAGUAUCUCGUACUCGUUUAUUAGACAAUGAAAUAAAAAUAAUGAAAAGUGAAGUAAUGCGUAUCUCUCAUGAACUUCAGGCACAAAAUGAUAAAAUAAAAGAAAAUACAGAAAAAAUAAAAGUAAAUAAAACACUUCCUUACUUAGUUUCCAAUGUAAUUGAACUAUUAGACGUUGAUCCUCAAGAUAUGGGUGAAGAAGAUGGGGCAGUUGUUGAUUUAGAUGCACAAAGAAAAGGAAAAUGUGCUGUUAUUAAAACCUCAACUCGUCAAACAUAUUUUCUACCAGCUAUUGGCUUAGUUGAUGCUGAUUCAUUGAAACCAGGUGAUUUGGUAGGAGUAAAUAAAGAUAGCUAUUUAGUUUUAGAGACCUUACCGGCUGAAUAUGAUGCAAGAGUCAAAGCGAUGGAAGUUGAUGAGCGUCCAACUGAACAAUAUUCAGAUAUUGGAGGUCUUGAUAAACAGAUUCAGGAGUUGAUCGAAGCAGUUGUAUUACCCAUGACUCACAAGGAGAAAUUCGAAAAUCUUGGUAUCCAACCACCGAAAGGUGUUUUGUUAUAUGGACCUCCUGGAACGGGAAAAACAUUACUAGCAAGAGCUUGUGCAGCUCAAACAAAAUCAACAUUUUUGAAAUUAGCCGGACCCCAACUAGUUCAAAUGUUUAUUGGAGAUGGUGCUAAAUUGGUUAGAGAUGCAUUCUCUCUAGCUAAAGAAAAAGCACCAGCAAUUAUUUUCAUUGAUGAAUUGGAUGCAAUUGGUACGAAACGUUUUGACUCUGAAAAAGCCGGUGAUCGAGAGGUUCAACGUACUAUGUUGGAGCUAUUAAAUCAAUUAGAUGGUUUUAGUUCAACUGCUGAUAUCAAAGUUAUUGCUGCAACAAAUCGAGUAGAUAUUCUAGAUCCUGCAUUGUUGAGAUCUGGACGUUUAGAUCGUAAAAUUGAAUUUCCACAUCCUAAUGAAGAAGCCCGAGCUCGCAUCAUGCAAAUUCAUUCACGAAAAAUGAAUAUGUCACCUGAUGUUAAUUUUGAAGAAUUAUCACGAUCAACUGAUGACUUUAAUGGUGCGCAAUGUAAAGCAGUGUGUGUAGAAGCUGGCAUGAUUGCAUUGAGGCGUAACGCUACUGCAGUAACUCAUGAAGAUCUAAUGGAGGCAAUUAAUGAAGUGCAGGCGAAGAAAAAGGCUAAUCUUAAUUACUAUGCAUAAAUUUACUUUUAUUAUCAUUUAUUAAGUAUUUUUUUCAUACAAAUAACAAAAAAUGUAUUAAGAUUGUCAUCAAUAUUGACAAAUACGAAAUAUACCAUUACUCAUGAAAAUUA